UAAGAGACACGGCACGAGAAUCAUCUACGUUAGUUCCGAUCGCAUCAAGUCUUAUAAUAAUAGUACUAGUAUUCUUCUUCGUCUUCACCUACCUUUCUCUCUCUCUAAAUCUCUUUCAUACAACUAUUUGGCGUGUGAGUCCUUUUUGUACCUCCUUUGACUUCGCCGGAGAUAGAAAGUCAAAUUAUUUGGUCCGUCUUCAGAUCCAUAAAACGCGCCAACUCUCGACCUCUCUGCCGCACUUCGCUCUUCCACUCGUACCCCCAUUGGUCUCCGCAGGUGCAACGACACUCGCUGGUGUUUCCCUUUUCAGAAUGUCUUCUUCGAGCUCUUCUCAUUUCGCUUCACUCUCAAUCUCAGAUUCUUCUGCUUCUGAUGAUAACCACUUACCUAUCAUUUGUAAGAAGAAGAAGGAAGUUGUGUCUACAGAUAAAGCACCACCUGCGGUAGGACCAUACUCUCAGGCCAUCAAAGCCAAUGGUUUCGUUUUCGUUUCUGGCGUUCUUGGACUUAUACCCGAGACUGGAGAGUUAAUUUCGGACGACGUUGAAGAUCAGACUUACCAGGUACUUAAGAACAUGGGGGAGAUAUUGAAAGCUGGUGGUGCUAGUUACUGCGCCGUGGUAAAGACAACCAUCAUGCUUGCUGACUUGGCUGACUUCAAGAAAGUGAACGAAAUAUACGGCAAAUACUUCCCACAUGCUCCUCCAGCAAGAUCCACAUAUCAAGCUGCGGCUUUGCCACUAAACGCCAAGAUCGAGAUCGAUUGUAUUGCAGUACUCUAGAACAGCAUCAAUCUCAGAUAAAAUUAAUAAAGAGGAAACCAUGGUUUAGGGAGCCUUAUCUUUAUCAAUUCAUUCUUAACGUACUUUUCAUUUUGUUGCGGAUUAUCAACCAUUAGGUUGGUUGCUAAAACCUAAAGCCCCUUUGCUUAAUCAAGAAUAAGUGAUUUCCUGUUGACUUGAUAUGUAUUGAGUACAAUAUUUGAUAAGAAACCCUUUAUGA